AUAAUUACUAUAAAUUGAUCUAUUACACAUAAACGAAAGACCAGCAUGGCGUCCACAAUCCUUACCAACGGGCGCAUCUUCACGCCAAGCACCACCUCAGAUGGAUCUGACUUCCAACAAACGAUGUUAAUCACCGGGGACCGCAUCCAGUAUGUCGGAUCGCCAAAUCAUGAUGCUAUUCAACAAGCCAAAGACUCUGGAGCCCGUGAGGUAGACCUACAGAACAAGAUCGUGGUCCCAAGUUUCAUCGAUAGCCACAUGCAUAUUGUCGACUUUGCGUUGUCGCGCCGCAAGCUCAGCCUUCUGUCAUGCAAGUCAUUAGAGGAGAUUCGACAAACCAUCAAAGCAUUUGCGGAAGCUCAUCCGGAGGACCCCCGGAUUAUGUGCAAAAGCUGGGUCCAGUCGACAACCGGGGGAGAGGCGCUGGCCAGUAUGUUGGAUGAUCUGGAUCCGCGGCCGAUCUAUAUCCAUGCCAAUGAUCUGCAUUCGGGGUGGUGUAAUACUGCUGCAUUAGAGGAGUUGGGGGUCGCCACUAUGGCAGAUCCUCCCGGUGGAACGAUUCAUCGGGAUGAAAAUGGGAAGCCAUCGGGUUUGUUGAGUGAGAUGGCUCACUUGGGUAUCGUUCCCCAGUUUCUGGCUAGGGCUACCCCGUUGGAAGCUAAGCUAGAAGCUCUGGAUGAUGCGGCGAAGGCAUAUACUGCGGCGGGAUAUUCGGGAAUGAUUGAUAUGGGUAUGGACGAUAUUGAAUGGGACGUGUUGAAGGCGUGGCGAGAACGACGCGGGGAAAACUUUCCAUUCCAUAUUGCGGCGCACUGGGUGAUUCCACCUAGCGAUGACCUGGAUGUGGUGUUUGGCCAUGUGGAUCGGGCAAUCGCCCUUAAUCGUGAAUAUAAUCCGGCGACAUCUCCGACCUUCUGUAUCGCAGGCAUCAAAUUGAUGUGCGAUGGCGUGGUUGACGGCUGCACUGCUGCCCUGACAGAUCCGUAUCAGGGAUGCGAGAAUCCGGUGGAUCCAAUCUGGCCCACCGACUUUCUGCAAGCCGUUGUGAAGAAGGCAGAUGCGGCUGGACUGCAGAUCGCUAUUCACGCUAUUGGUGACAAAGCCGUCAAGAAUGCUAUCGAUGCGCUAUCCCUAGCACAGCCUGGCCGUCGUCAUCGCAUCGAACAUCUCGAGCUGACCUCGCCUGAGGACGCGAAACGCUUGGGUCAACUUGGAAUCACAGCGUCAGUUCAGCCAGUUCAUUCGGACCCGGCUCUCUUCCGUGCCUGGCCGGAACUCAUUGGAAAGCAUCGCUGUACCCGUGCAUUUGCCUACCGUGAAUUCCUUGAGGGUGGCGCUCCAGUAGCAUUUGGCACGGAUUCACCCACCGCAUCCCACCCUGCCCUGCCAAAUCUCUACAAUGCUACCACCCGGCGAUCGGCCAUUGAGCCUGAGUGUACCGAAACGGUCAAUUCCCACUUUGGACUGCCUCUAGCUGCUGCUGUCAGUGCCGCCACAACUGGAGCGGCAUAUUCCCGUUGGGCAGAUUCGUGGACGGGUUGCUUGAAGGCUGGGUUGAGCGCAGAUUUUGUGGUCCUGGAUAUGGAUUGGAAAGCCGAGAGCCUACUCAAGGCAAAGGUAGAGCAAACCUGGGCCCGAGGUCGGAAGACCUUCGAUGCCAGUGCGGGUCAGGCACAGCUAUGA